ACUAUCGAGCUACCAGCUGACCUACUUUCUCUCCUCUCUGCCGCUCGCUACUGCUGACAAGCCCGCAGAGGAUGGUGGAGGCAGCCUGCGAAGCUCGCGGAUGGCCAAGCGCUUCGAGUGGACUUUUGCGGUCAGAACCGAGCCAGGCGGCGUGUCCCCCCCUAAUAAAUGCGUCGUAAUAACUUGUUAUGUAAUUGAACGCUUUUGGCGACGCAGCCAUACAAACGCAUACAAACCCCCCGAAAGACCCACAUCGGUGCCGCUCUUUUAGGCGUGGAUGUUUGUUUUCUGUCGGACUCCCUUUUUCCUUUCAAGGAGUUGCCGUUUGUUCGUACGCUAAUGUGCGCUAGUUUUAUCUGAGGGUGCGCUCAGAUGAGGUCACUACAAACGGGACUUACGAGACUCGAGAGAGAGUCUGGAUGGGAAAGAGCGUGAGUAUGGACAACCUUUCUGACUUCGGCGGACCCUGUCCUUCCAGCCGCAGGGAAUGGGAUACCAGCAGCUGCGUGGACGAUUUAAUGGAUGAAGAUGAAAAAGACAGGGCAAAAAGGGCAUCCCGAAACAAAUCAGAAAAGAAGAGAAGAGACCAGUUCAAUGUGCUCAUCAAGGAGUUAUGCACCAUGCUGCAGGGCCAAGGCCAUCCUCGCAAGAUGGACAAGUCCACCAUACUACAAAGAACCAUUGACUUCUUGCAGAAACAAAAAGACAUCAGUGUACAGAAUGAAACGUGUGAUGUCAGACAAGACUGGAAGCCUUCAUUCCUCGGCAACGAGGAGUUCACGCAGCUCAUGCUAGAGGCGCUAGAUGGUUUCUUGGUAGCAUUAACUACGGAUGGAAACAUCAUAUACGUGUCGGACAGUGUGUCUUCCCUUAUUGGACAUUUGCCGUCAGAUAUGGUGGACCAAAAUAUCUUAAAUUUCCUCCCGGAGCGGGAACACGGGGAGGUGUACAAGCUGCUAUCAUCCCAUAUGCUGAUGACUGACCCCAUUGCUGCUGACUUCUUGGCCAGUGAUUCACAUGUAGAAUUUUGCUGUCACCUAGCCAGAGGGAACAUUGAUCCAAAGGAGCCGCCUGUGUACGAGUAUGUCAAGUUUGUUGGUGAUUUCAAAUUUCAUAACAACGUGCCUACAUCCUCUUGUAAUGGGGUUGAAUUGACGUUACCAAGAAGCCUACAAUCAUCGCUGGAGGAGCAGGUCUGCCUCAUUGCUACUGUUCGAUUAGUCACCCCGCAGUUUGUCAAGGAUUUAUGUAACGCGGAUGAUCCUUGUGAUGAAUUCACAUCGCGGCACAGCCUUGAAUGGAAGUUCCUGUUUCUAGAUCACAGAGCUUCUCCAAUCAUUGGAUAUUUACCCUUUGAGGUUCUAGGAACGUCUGGCUAUGAUUACUAUCACGUGGAUGACUUGGAGCUUAUAGCGCAAUGUCAUAAACAACUGAUGCAGUUUGGAAAAGGUAAAUCGUGCUACUAUCGCUUUCUGACAAAGGGUCAGCAGUGGAUUUGGUUGCGGACGCACUACUACAUCACGUAUCACCAGUGGAACUCCAAACCUGAGUUCAUCGUGUGUACUCACACUGUUGUCAGUUAUGCUGAAGUGCGAGCUGAAAGGAGGCGAGCGUUUGGCCUUGAGGAGCUAUCUCCACCUGAAAUUGCUCCCUCUUCUGUGAAGGCCCAGGAACUGUACUUGGACAUGUGCUGCACAUUGGACCCACCACAGGACAGAAACAGCGGUGCACGUUCAGUAUCCUCCCACAGCUCCCGGAAGUCCUCCCACACAGCCCUGUCAGAUUCUGCAUCAGCAACAAACUCGUACACAGAAACAUGCACGCCGUCAUGGCAGGCUGCGUCUAUCGGCUCCGAGAGAACGCCGGCCAGACAAGCUGGGAGUUCAAAGAAUUUGACCCAAAGACAAAAUUCCUUUGACCUGGUCCCCCAAAUGAGCCUCCCUGUUUCCCCUCCCUGCAGCAAGCACUCAGUGAUGCAGCAGCAGCGGUCACCGUCAUCAUCUGUGUUCCAACUGCAGCAGCCUCAGCUUGGUGUCAUGAACCAGCUGAAGGAGCAAUUGGAGGAGCGGACACGCAUCCUGCAGGCUGACAUUAAGACGCAGCAGCAGGAGCUCCACGACAUCAAGGAGAAGCUUCACCUUGCUAAUCUUCAGAUGUUGCUACAGCAGCCUGUCCACAAUGAAUUUGGCCAACAUCCCCAGCAGCAGGGCCCAGGCAGGCCCAGCUCGCAGAGCCAAUCAGGCGUCAUCAGGCAGCUCCCAAGCCACCCGAAAGCACCCUCAUGCGGGGCUAACAGUUCGUCCCCUCAUUCGCUGCUGAGGGAGAACAGCUCUCCCUCAUCAACACAAAGGAUCUCGCGGAGCGGCCAGGUGCAGUCAGUGAGUUUGCCGAUGCAGACCAACACGAGUCUGACCAUGCCCUUCUAUAGCAACCCCAUGAUGUUCUCUCAGACCAACACCAGGCCUCUACACGAUCCAAACCAAAGACAGACGGACAGCAGCGAGUUUAACCAAGAUGGACAACUUCGCAGCAUGCUCCUCAACCAGCCAAUGCAGACACUGGUUCCCACCAGCAGCGGGUCCUCGCAGCCUUCCCAGCAGUGCAACAUGGGCAUUCCCCAGACCCUAUACACCUUGGAUCAGCAGAUCAUCACGCCUUCGUUCUCCAUGCAACAGGUCAACUGCAACGCCGUGCUCGUGCCCUCUCAGGUCUUCACGUCGCCCAUCAUGAUCCCGCACAACAGUUUCAUCUCCCACCAGUCGCAGUCAAGCUACCAGGCUCAGCCUCAAGCCUCACAUCACUCCCUACAGCUGCAGCAGCCUCAGCAGUUUUUUCAGAUGACUCAAGGACUUGUGCACAACGGGUCGACUCCAACGUUCUUACACACCGCCAACCUCCAGCAACAAAGCACCGUGGGAUACAUCCAGCAGCCGUCGCAAUCACAGCAGCAACAGCCGCAACAAAGACAAUACCAACUUUCCCAAAACCAGAAUGCGAACGUUUCUGACUUCAGAAAUAUGCUAACGCGGUAGCAUUGUGGAAACUGGUAUCCAACUCUGCAGCAAAACUGACCGGAGCGGCCAGAACAUUCAAUGUGAAGCCGCUGCUUCACAGGACGACGAUGUGUUGAAGUUGAACAACAGUAAGAUGCAGCACGGAGCAGACGUGACUAAAGAAUGUGGUGAUGAGAGGCGGGGCCUUUCAUCACCAGCCUGCGACAGGCUGAGUUGUCAUCGAAACAAAUGGAUUCAUCGCAGCUCUCAUGAGGACGCCACUUUCAUUUCGCACUUUGGUACCACACCCCACCCAGAAGUAGAAUAUUUAUUUUUGUUUCUAAAGUUAAUAUUAAAUGUUCCCACUAAAUAAUGGCUUCACAGUGAGAUUAUUUUCCUUCGCAAACCUACGCAGUAAUAUCAGUUCUAACUCCCCUGGGAAAAAAAGGGAUUAGUGGGAAUCGCAAAAGUCAACAUCAACCACUAAACUUGCUGCUAUGCAAGUGUAGCGUCUACAGGGGCUUCAGUGUGAAAUAUCAUUAUCUUUUUUUUUUGGCUACACCGAAAUACCUGAAAGUAUGUUCGUGGUCUUUAAUGGAAAGCUCAAUCUGCAAAAUGAAGGGCUGCUUCAACACCUGUCACUGAAAUGAAGAACUGAGUUCUAAUACGCCCUGCAGCACCACUGUUGACUGACUUGUGAGUGGAGGUGGAGGAGGUUUAUUGUGCCUUUAUCCAUGCUACUACUGCUACUACUACUACCAUGGUGCAGUUCCAUUGUUGUCUGAUUACGGCUUUAAAAAUCCUGCUCAGGUACAUUUGGAAUACAAAGUUUAUAUUUUCAUAGAUAGUAAUUUAUUUUUUCCCCACCAACAUUUGAUCAAAAACAGGGGAGAUUUACAUUUAUUUUGGAGAUUGAAAGAAAAAGAGAAAUAUAUAUAUGUAUAAAUACUGGAUGCCUUUGCAACCUUAACUUUAAAGAUUUAACCCUUUUUUUGCAAAGUCUGUCACACUCAGUCAUUUAUUUGAUGAAACCCUGAUUACAUUUGUUUGAAAUUAUGUCAUGAGAUUUAGAUGAAUUGUCUAUGUUCAUGCAGUCAUUGAAGGGUCACCACUGGUCUUAACUUCUUGCGCCACCUCACUGAAUUAAAUGAAUGAUAUCUGGGGACAAUUACAGAUGAAUAGACUGAGACUGGAUACUGUCCAAAUAUGUCCAGUAUUGCUUGGAUUUGGCUCAUUAAAUAUUAUGUGGUGGUCUAGCCAGCGUCUCUUCUCGAUGGGUAUGAUGUGUCAUUUCGACCUACUCAAUGAAAAAUGCCCUAUGCUUAAGAUGUUUUUGGCUGUAUGAACCGUUCAAAUCGCGGAAAGGAUAAACGUUUCUUCUGGGUUCUCCGAGAGGUAAUCAAGGAGGGCAAAGGAGUGCAAGAUUUUACGAAACGAGUGGCCCAAACAGUUUUGUAGUCUUCACUUUACAGGCAGUAGAAGCAAAGUUAAAUCAUGAAAUGCAACAUUACCCAAGCAAAAACGAUACAUAUUUAUCUAGGAGGUUCUUGAUACCAAUGUCAUUGACCCAGCCACACACAAAAAAGUUGUAGACCUCCUUGCUUUUCCAAGUUUACAUCAAUUUUGUCGUGUAGAAUGGCGUUUUGAGCACCAGAUAGUUCCAUAUUUCUGGGAACUCCACCGAAGUUUAAUCCUUGAUAUUAAUAGACCAACCUUUUUUGAUAAAGUAUAGGGAUAGAUUCCAUUGCAAAGUUAGAUUUUUAGAGGAAAAUUUAAGACCUUUCCUUACUUAGAGAAUCCACGCGCCUCUUGCUGUACAACAGCCAUUCUGGUUUGGUUGACCACCACUAAUUUCCACUUUCGGGAAAAAGUCACAUGACGGAUUACAAGCAAUUCACUAUUUGAGAGGUUACAAAAUGUAUGUCAAAUUGUUGUAUGUUUGUAAAUCCUUAUUUAUCACUCUACAAAACAUGCCACAAACAUAGCACAAAAAUACAAGGUUAUUUUCAGUUAGGUUUAAAUUUGCUAUAUUUUUGUAGUUGCAUUACAAAGAUAGGGGUUUGUAAUAUUUUUGUUGACAUGCAAAUGACAAAUCAGCCUUAAACAUAUUGUGAUAUAAUUUGGAUUAUAGAAAUGCAAAUAGGCAACAUGUAGGUAUGUGUAUGUUUAUCUAUAUAUAUAUAUAUAUAUAUAUAUAUAUAUAUAUAUAUAUAUAUAUAUAUCCAUCCCAUUCAUUUUCUACUGCUUAUUCCCUUUGGGUCGCGGGGGGCGCUAGUGCCUAUCUCAGCCAAGAUCGGGCGGAAGGCGGGGUACACAUUAUCUAUAUAUAUAUAUAAAUAUAAAUAUAUGCACACAUACAUAUAAUACAUACAUACAUACAUACAUAUUUACUUCAAUAUACAUGAUUUUCAAUGAAAUAAAGUAAUGCUGUAUUUACAACUAAAUUGAAGGUACGCUUCAUAUAAUGCAGAUUGUUUUGUAUUUUUAAAGCAUAUUCUACAAAAAUGAUGCACUAAAUUAAGCAUUUUCAACCAUCAAAAUGGCUAAAUGCUUAAAAUACCAAUGUGAUAGUAGUAUUGGCAACUAGAUGAAACCACACUAAUCAGAUCACGCUGUUCAGUAUCGAGACCACUGAUUGGCUCAGUCUCAGGCAGCAUUACUACUGCAUUAAAAGGGUGUUAAACUGACAAAAGGGUGUCAUUUCAUAAAGACGGUUAACGUUUUUGUAUACUUUUACUGUGAAAAUAUUAGCUUUAUAAUUAAAAAUUCCUACUUCGCGUGAAUUCAUUUAUCGAGGUUAUGACUGGAACUAAUUAAUGACUAACUGAAUUGAUUAACGUGGACCCCGACUUAAACAAGUUGAAAAACUUAUUUGGGUGUUACCAGUUAAAAUGAGGGAUUAUUAUCUUGGUAAAGGCAAAAUUUCUUGGAUCUCAUUACAUUGUGCAACAAUUGUGGCAUGUUAGUGUAUCUGUAUAACCCAUUAGAAAGAUGUAUGUUACAGUAGAAAAAAGCAAUUUACUAAUAUACAACAGUAUACCAAAAGUAUGUGCUGAACUUCAAAGAGGGCAGCUUGAAAAAAAAAUACUACAAAAUUGGCUCUUAAGGUAGUAUGAAAUCUUCAGGCAUGCAGAAAUGGUGGCUGGUAAGUGUAUAGUACAGAGUAGUCCAGCUUGUGUGCAAUGACGAUGCAUCAGAUAGAGAUGUGAAGUAUUUGAAGAAGCUGCAGUGAUGAAAAGCUGCAAAUUAUCUGAGGCUCAAACACAGCAACAGUGUUCUCUCAUUUGUCACUCACAUGUACUUUUAACUAUUUGGUUUUUGAAUAAAACCUGAAAAUCAGCUUUUACUGAGAAUCCAAAACAACAGACACAAUAGUUACUAUGUGCAAUGUUUGUUUGAGAAUGUAAUUUAUACUGUUUCAAUGUAUUAUAAACCACUGUACUGCGUGUGUUUAUACAUAUAUAUUUACAUAUAUAUGUAUACAUACCAAUAUAUAAAUAUGCAUAUGCAUAUAUAUAUAUAUAUAUAUAUAUAUACACACAUACAUACAUGUAUUAUAAGUAUUUUAUUUGUUCCAAUACCCUGACAUUCCAUUGUGUGUGGAUAUUUUGUCAGAAACCAUGUUCCACCCUGAAAGAUUACAGAAUGUAGAUUUGGAAUGUGUAGCUUGUUCCCCCCCCCCUCCCUUACAUGUGAUACAACAACCAUGAUAAGGAAAACUAAAGUUCACCAUUAUCAAGUGUAUCCAAACAUCAAAUUGUUUUUUUGCUGGCUGAGGGAGGAGACUUAAAUGCUAAGCACUGCCAUAGAUACACAUAUACGCAGUUAAUGACACAUACGCCAGUGGUGGUGAGGAGGCAUGUGGACCUUUCAGUUACAAAGGGCCACUUAUAUUGUUUGCCUUACAUUGAUAUGAACUACUACAGACUCAUACAAGAGCUCCCAUUACAGUAAAAUUUAUUAAGAGACUCGCAUUAUUAAACAAAAACACUCUCUCUACCUGAUGUUUGGAUGUAAACAUUUUAGAGCCUUUGGAUCAUGUAAAUAAUCUGCUCUAAACGUUUCAAACAUCUCCCCUUUCAGCAUCUUGGGCUUUUUCCAUUUUGUGUCAAUGUUCUGGAAGAUUUGUGACCAUCUUCCUGAUUUGUCAGGUGAUGACGACGGGACUUUCAUUUUUGGCGUAAGACAAAUUAAGGCCAGGACCUGAGGAACACAAACCUGGUAUACAAGUUAAUUCUGCCGUUUCUGUGCAGAAAAACAUGCAUAUACUGUAAAUUAGAACGUACAAAAGACACUAGAUUACAUAUUGUUUUAUUUUGUAUAUCUCAUACAUUACAUGUGUACGUUACAUGAUUUCAAUAUUAAAGUAAUUUUGUAAGAGAUAAUGAAGUGUCUUAUUAGAGGAGGUGAGACUUUGUGUUGGUGUUGCACAGUCGCUUGUAUGUGCUUUUUCCCCUCAUGUAUUUA